AUGGCACCGUACGGCGCAUCUUCCACAGACGCGUCGCGCCAGAAUCUGUCUUAUAAGCGCUACAGAAGCAGGAGCCGUUCGCGUACGCGCGACUCGCCAGACGCUGCUCCUUCUAGGCCAAGGCGCGAAGAUUCUGCCAAGGCGCCUCUGGCUACUCGCACUGGGGGGAAACACCCAGGCAGCUCUCAAUCUCCCGUUGCAACAAAGCCUGACGGUGCUUCAAAUGCGGAAUGUAACCCCAACGCUGGCGAUGACGGCAGCCGAGGAAAUAGGUCCACACUGCCUUACAUCUACCAACAACGCGAGUUCAUCCGCAUAUGCACGGAUUUGAUUCGGAAGUGCGAAUGUGAAUCUGAGUUGAAGUCGUUCCUGUCGUCGCUCGAUAAUGGAGCUUCUGUGGACUUAGGUCGUUACGGUGAUGCGCAUGUGCGCAAGAAGUUCCGCCAUCUGGCCCGAGCGCUGUAUCUACAUCGCUCCGAAUCGACUGUCAGGAAGCCUCCCGAGUGCAACAUCUCGUUGUUAGAGGCCCUGACGGAAAAGCUGCCGUACAUACGCCAAAAGGCACAAGCGCAGGGCCCAUACGUACGCCACAGCCGCCCUGCGGAGAGCUCGGAGCCGUCUGAAAACAAUGCCAGUGACAUGUCGCAAUCUAACACGACAGAUCCCUCCGAUCGAGAACUACUAAGCCUUCGCGAAAUGCACGAACAAGGUUUUUUCGUCGAAUAUGAGGCCUUGCAAAAGGAAUUCGCAGAUCGCCACGCUUCUCAUGACGUUUGGGGCAAAACUCCGCAAGAGCAGCUGGCAAUUAUGCGCGAAAAGGAGUCUGCCUCCAAAUCGUCGGAUGCUGAAAACUCGCAACCGUGGAAGGUGUUCGACCGCGAAAAGGAAAUUGUAUCAGGCUCUAAGAUCGAUGACAAAGGAUACGCACAUCUUUUGCAGUCUGGCAAAAAUUUGGGGGAAAUAUUUGGACCAGGGCAAACACACUCUUCAUUUGUCUGA